AAGCUUUUAUUUUUAUUUUCUUUAUACGUAUUCUAACUGUCAUUCUUUUUGUCAAUGUAAUCAAUAUUCUUUGAAAACAUAAUCAAACAUUUUUCCUAUUUAUUAAUGUAUUUAUUUAAUGAUUAAAAUAUAAAAAAAAAUAAAAAUUACUAUAAUUAAUAAUAAAGUAUUACUAUCCUUUAUGACUAAUGUUGUACUCUAUAUUUAUAGUAAAUAGCUUCCAAUCAUUAUAAAAAGUUAAUUUUCGCUAGUGUAAAAAUGUAAUUUGUAGCAAAACAAACAUUUUAUUACAAAUUCAGACUAUCUUUAAUUAUGGACCAAGUAAAUCAGCUCGGUAAUGCCACGGCAGAUAAUUUAUAUCCGGCUCUCUUUCAGUGCUUUACUAUUAUAUUGUGUGGGUAUAUAGCAGGUCGUUUUGAUGUGGUUUCAUCUACUGAAUCUAAGGGUAUUGCCACAUUCGUUGGCACAUUUGCAUUACCAUCACUCAUAUUUUUAUCCUUGGCACGCUUGGAUUUCACUACUGUAAAUUGGACUUUCUUACUAGCAAUAUUAAUAGCAAAAGCAAUAAUAUUCUUUGCUGUUAUAAUUGUUACAUUACUAGUAUCGAAGCCACUACAUCUGGGACGAGCUGGAAUAUUUGCCAUCUUUUGUACACAAAGCAAUGAUUUUGCUUUGGGAUACCCAAUAAUCAAUGCAAUUUAUGCAAAUUCCCAUCCAGAAUAUGCAUUAUAUCUGUACCUGAUGGCACCAAUAUCACUUGCAAUUCUUAACCCAGUUGCUUUUGUUUUGAUGGAGAUCAACAAACAGAGAGAGAGAGUGCAGGCUCUUGCUAAUGAUACUGAAAGUAAGAGUGAUGUAUGUAAAUUGAAAUUACUUAAACAAAUUAUCAGGGGGAUUGCAUAUAACCCUGUAUUAGUAAUGACAGUUUUGGGAAUAAUUGGAAACAUUAUAUUCAAACAUAAAUUGUCUAUUUAUAUUGAAGGCUUACUGGAGGUAUUUGGACAGGCUUUCUCAGCUUCUGCUCUCUUCUUAUUGGGUCUACAUAUGGUAGGACAAAUUCAUCGGUUAAGAGGACCAGCACUAGUGUUGCCUUGUGUCUUGAUUGCAGUUAAGCUAAUAAUACUUCCUGUAAUGAUGAGAGAAAGUGUUAGUAUAUUCAGUGCGGGAGCAAAUGAUUCGGAAACAUUGUCAUUGUCCACAUAUGCUUUCUUAUAUGGUACUAUACCUACAGCACCUGCAGUAUUUGUCUUCUCCAAUCUAUAUCAACUGGAAAUGGACUUGAUGGCUUCCUCUAUGGUGAUAUGUACUUUCUUAUCAGCCCCAAUGAUGUUUAUGUCCGCCCAAGUGAUUUCAAUAAAUAAGGACUAUGCAGUUCAACUAAAGAAAUUUGGAUUCGAUUUAUCCAUAGUGGCAUUAAUUGCUGCUGUUUGGGUUAUGUUUGUUUUUUCAGUCACAAAGAAAUACAAACGGAUGCCUCAUCGAUUGACUUUAUGUUUAAUCACAUCUCAGAUAUUAUUAGCAAUCAGUGUCAUAUGGGGUGGACCACUUCCCAACUAUAAGCCAACAUGGUAUUCUACGAUGCAAGAAUCUCUACGUAUCUUCAGCAUGUACUCAUGUUUGUUAUGGACUUCAAUGCUUUCCAUAGGACUACUAAUGUUAGAGAGCCGAGGGCCAUGCUUCGUGGUGACGCUGUGGCCAGUGUUGGGCUUCGUGGCAUGGGGCGCGCCUGGAGUUAUGCUCGCCGCGCUGCUCCUCACCAAGGGCAGCUUUGACUCCAAGGCUACCGAUGCAAUACGAUUAUGUCUACUUGUUUUCUGUCUCACAGUGACCAUUGGCUGUUUGAUGGUGUACAUACGGUUUCGUCGACGCAGCGCUCAUUUUGCUUCCCUUUCCGCGGAAAUAUCAGGUUCAAGUCCACCGGACGAGUCCACUAGUCUCGUAGAGAAUAUUGAGCCGACAUCACAUACGCAAUCUGUUUCUAUCAAUGACGACCAAGGUUGUUAUGGGACCAUAACAGCUACACCAUCGCCUAGCAAAAAUGCGAACGGCUGCUGUUCUAAUGAUCCUAAUUGCGAAAAUGCUGUAACAAAUUCUCAUGACAUCGAAGACAUUGGUAAUGAUAUAAAGGAAUGCGCGUGUCCACUGUCCCAGCGGAACCGCUGCAGCAUGGCAGCGGAGGCGUGCUCGUACCUGGGCGAAUUGGAACGCGCCGCCGGACACCUGGGGUUAUUGCCCCCAGAGCAAGCACGCGGACGUGGCGGUCAGCUGCUCAAGCAUACCGUACUCAUCAUCGUAUACAGCCUUAGCAUGUUCAUUGGAAUAACUUAUACGACCUGGCGGAUGAUGCUAAAGGACGAAAGUGGUGUAUUCAUUGAAAUUGAAUUUUUGGAUAUUGCUACUAACUAUGGACAAGCGCUUGUCUUGUUUAUACUGUUUGGACUUGACCCUGAUGAAAUAUUAAUACCCACUGUACAUUAUUUCAGGAAGAAAUGGCAUGGUGCAGACACCGUGGUACUUCCUCCAAUAGAGGAUCUAAGUUUCGAAACAAAACAUGUUUGUGAACAAUUCAUAACGCAUCAUUUAGACAGAUGCAAGGAAGCCAUCGCGAAAGACACCAGAUGGCGUAUGCGAACAUAUCGAAACGCGUUCCGCGGCGCGUGCCUAGUGCGCUGGCUGCAGCACUGUGGAUUGGCGCGUGACGAGCGCGAUGCCGUAGUCUAUGGCCGCCACCUACUUGACGCGCGUCUCAUCGCGCACGUCAACAAUGCCCACCACUUCACUAACUCCGACCUCCUGUACACCUUCAAGUAGACGACUCCUAAAUAGCACACAGCGCUUGCCGAGUCCUCUACAGCUGUUAUCAACUCGGCGUAUGCCUCAUCACGCACUCCAACGCGUAACAAAAUCAACCUUGCACCUUCAAGUCGCCUCCUGACUCUCACACCUCCCAUAAUAAAAAAAUGAUGUAGUGAUCUCCUGCUAAGUAUUAUAGUUUUGAUUCUAUAUUAUAAAUUUUUAAAUCUAAUCUGCUAUUAUGUUAAAUUGUAUACAGAAGUAAUUGUUAUAGAUAAAAUGGUCACUUUUUGUUUACUGCUCGUAUCUAAGUAUAGAACUGUUUUAUCAUUUAAAAGUAAUUACUGAUAUGCCAUAAUUUGCUUUAUAUACAAUUGCAAAUUAAUUAAUGCCAACAGAAAUGCGAUAUUCGUUUUAAGAGAUACUACAGUUCUUAACUAUUAGUCCAUUUUAAAAAUGAGUCGUGACUAAAAUUGUUAUUUCGUCUGUCUUAUGUUUACAAUUUGCAUUUGGCUUUUAUCAGUACCUUUUUCAUUUAAUCAUUAGCACACUCACAUUAUCAAUUUACUAUGAAACAUUCAUAAUAUAUAUAUAAAUCAUAAUUUCAUCGACAUACAUGUACAUAAUAUAUGUUGCAUAUAUAUUGAUGAAAACGGAAGAAGAAUGUAGAUUGACAUUUUUUUUUUUAUACCACAGGUGACAAACAAGCAUACGGCCCACCUGAUGGUAAGUGGGUACCGUAGCCUAUGAACACCUGCAAUACCAGAGGUAAUACGCGUGCGUUGCCGACCCUGAAGAAACCUCUUUACCCCCCUUUUGAAGAACCCCAUGCUGUAGUCUCUUGGGAAAACCUCGGCAGGGAGUUCAUUCCACAACCUGAGUGUUCGUGGGAGGAAACAUCUCUGAAACCGCGCAGUACGCGACCAUUGAGGCCAUUGACAUUCUGAAUUUUUUAAAAUAAAGUUUAGUAGGUUAGUUAGUUGGGUUAGUAGGUUAGGUUUUUAUAGCUAGUAAUGGAUUUGUUUUUUUUUUUUUUUUAGCAUAACUGUGCAUACUAGAUAUAUAAUUAUAUUAUCAACUAUGGGUGCUUAUGCGGAUCAAUACGUUACUAGAUUUUGUGAAAACAUUUACUAUGUACUGGGUACUUGACAUUAUACUUAUAUUUUUAAAGAAAAUAUAUUUUUUCAAAUUUUCUUCUUUAGAAUUAUCUAAAUAGGAUGAAUUAUACGGAAUAUUUUACUGAACUAGCUAUCUUAUGUUAUUGUGCAGAAGUCUAUGUCAUUGGUUGAUUAGAAUUAUUUAGUCUAAUUCCGUUAAUAUUAGUAUGUGUGUGACUGCCAACACUUGAAAAUUGAUAUUCAGUAUUAUUACCAGAAGUAAAUUGGGUGUCGAAUAGUUAACAUCAAGAUGUUACAUCAAGCAGCUGUCUAAUAACUUGCCUUAAGAUGCAUCGUUUAGAGGUGAAACACGUGUCGCAAAAUGUGUAUAAAUAGAUUGGCAAUCAGAGCUUGAUGAAUAAUAUGGAUGAUUGUGGAACUUCUGGUAGUAUUCGUGGUAAUCUAUCUUUGAGUGAUGGCAGUCACACACAUACUAAUCUUAAUGGAAUUAAACAAAAUAAUUUAAAUCAAAUAACUAGUUAUAUGAAAUAGUUAAUUCAUUAACACAUAGCUGUUAUUUUUGUAUAAUAACUAUUUUAUAACUAGUUCCUAUUCGAAUUUAUCAACUGUUACUGUAAUGUCACAGUUAUCGACAUUUUAAGUUAUUUUAAUUAACGCAAGAAUCAGUUUUUUCUGUGAUUUUCAUGGCUUUGCAAUUUUUUCGUUUUAAAGUUAAUAGAAAAACAUAAGAAUAUUUCAUAGCAUUCAUUACAGUUCUAAAAACAUAUAAGAUAAUAAUACGGUACGUUAGAAAUAGACAUAUAAAGCAAGAAAAAUUUAUGAGAUGAGUUCAGGUCUAGACUCGGUGGAGAAUUUUUCACCUAAAGGAGCUUUUGCGAAUUAUUUACUGAAUUGGACAAUGACGAUGUAAUCAUUGGAGAGUAUAAUCCCCGCAUAAUGGGGAUCUAUAUUGUGAUAGAUUGUAACUAUAAGAUCUUUAUAGAUAUGCCUGUGAAUGAUCUCACUGAUAUAGUAUAUAUCAUAUCAAUUGGAAUACUAAGUAGUAUGGCUGUUAUCCGAUAUUUACUUAAAUAUACUAUAUACUUACAUGUACUAUUAGUAAAUAAUAGCUAAAUAGUAGAAUUAUUAGUUUAUGAAAUAUUUCUGGCCUUUUGUUCGUUUGUUUUAAUUUGUGAUUUGAACAAAUUAUAGUUAUUAUAAUUUUGUUUCUGUGUAGUGUUUGUAAUUUAGUUAAAAAUAUAUUCACUAUUUAAAUAUUUUUUUUACUCAUUUGAGUAAAUUUGAAUAAAUUAUAUAUAUAAUAUUAAUCUUAGCCUAAGUAUAUAAAUAAUAAAUGGACUUACUUAUUCUUGAUAAUGAAAUACCAAAGGGCCAAACAGAUUAGGAUGGACCUCUGACAUACACAUUAUAUAUCUUAUUAGUGUAUACUGUGAUUGAGCAUAAAAAAAUGUUAAAAAAAAAUAUUAAAUUAUAUUGUUGCAAUGGUA